GUGGCAUUGUGGGAUAGUGGCAGAGCCGAGCGGAUGGUAAGAGACGGCCCUGGUGAAAUGGCGGAUGUUCACAGCCAGGAGGAAGAGGCGGACUGGCGCCGGAACGAGCGGCUGACGGCCACCUUGGAGGAAGAUCAGGAAGCUGCAGAUUCAUCUGAAAAAAGUGGGAAUGAAGAGAAUGGGGAAGUGUCAGAUGAAAAUCGAGAUCCAAAUACAGCCCCAGGCAAAGCUAUUAAACACAAGAAAAAGAAACACAAGCAUCGGAGCAAACACAAGAAGCAUAAGCAUUCGUCAGAAGAUGACAAGGAACGAAAACAUAAACACAAACACAAGCAUAAAAAGCAUAAAAGGAAAGAGAAUGAAGGCUUUGAGAAGGAUGAUGAUCACUCAAUAAAAAGACCUAAAUUUGAUGAUUAUGCUCUUCUGGAGGACUUGGAGAAACAGAGAGCAAUGAUAAAAGCGGAAUUGGACAGUGAACUUAUGGGGGGGAAAGUUCAAUCAGGCAUGGGUUUAAUUCUGCAGGGCUAUGUGUCCGACUCUGAGGAAGAGGGGGAAAUCCAUGAGAAGACUCGCAAUGGUGAAAGAGUUGCAUCUAGUCGUGACGUUUCUGAAAUGUUACCUGUUAGGGACAACAAAGUUAAACGAGAGCCGAUAGAAUCUAAGCCUGUUUCGAAGAGGCGAAGUAAAAGCAAAUCAAAAGACAGGACUAAACAUGCUAAAUCUGAGAAAAAGAAAAGUAGGCUGAGUUCGGAACACAGAAAAGAGAAAGAAAAAACGAGAAGCAAAUCACAUGAGCGAAAGCGAUCAAGAAGUCCCAUCAAAAGCAGUAAGCCUGUAGAAAAACCUAGGUCUCCAACAUCAGCCAAAAGACGAUCGCAAGAAAAGAAUAAAAAAUCGACUCCUGCAGAAGAUGGGACUAAGUCAAAGGAUCGGAAGAAUAUAACAAAUGAAAGCAAAACAAGGGAGCGGAAUAAAAAAUCAAAAUCUCCUCCAGUGAAAAGGAGUAAGUCAGGAGACAGAAGUCAGAGAUCCAAAUCCAAAGACCGUGAGAAGCGAUCUAGAAAAUCCGAGAUGGAAAAGGAAAAAAAAUCUGUUAAGUCUCCAUCUAAAGAGAUUCCUUCUGGAAAGGAGAAUCGAUCACCACUGAAGAAACAUGCACUUUCUCCUAAACGGAAAAGUCUAUCUCCGAAACAACAUAGAGAAAAGUCGUCCAAACAUAGUCGAUCACCUAUUAUUAAUGAUCGCGCACCUAAACCAAGUCAGUCUCCCUCACGGAAUAUGUCUCCACCCAGAAGAGCUAAAAGUAGAUCUAUAGAACAAAGACGGAGAGAAAGUGAACGAACAAGAGCUUUAUCUCCAAGAACAAGGUCACGAGACGAACCAAUGAACAGGCUAGAACGAUCCAGGGACCUAAGUACCUCUCGGCGGUCUCCAGCACGGAGAAGGGCCAGUAGAUCUCCUAUUCGGAGGAGAUCUCGUUCACUCCUCAGACGAAGUCGUUCUCCAAGGAGAAGAAGCAGAUCUAGAAGGAGAUCUCUGGAGAGAGACUGGAAUCGGAGAAGCAGAUCUCGCAGAAGACGAUCCAGGUCACGAGGUCGACGUAGACGUAGAAGUGGAAGUAGAGACAAAGAAGACAAAUUUAAAGGAAGCCUUUCUGAAGGCAUGAAAGUUGAACAGGAAUCUUCUGACGAAAAUCUUGAGGAUUUUGAUGUAGAGGAGGAAGAUGAAGAAGCUGUUAUCCAACAAAGGCGUGAACAGAGAUUGGCAAUUGUUCAGAAAUAUAGAAACCCAAAUGAAGACAGCAACAUGUCUGGAUUGUCUGAACCAAACAGUCCUCAGAGCAGCACUAGAAGCCGCUCUCUUUCUCCUGAUGACAUUUUUGAGCGUGCUGCAGCUGAUGUCAAGGAAUACGAAAGGGAAAAUGUUGAUACCUUUGAGGCUUCUGUGAAUGCCAAACGCAACCUCAUGGCACUCGAGCAGAAAGAAGGAGCUGCUUCGAAGAAGCCAACAGUUCCAGAUAUGUUUACUGAAUCUGAUGACAUGUUUGCUGCCUACUUUGAUAGUGCUCAUCUGAGAGCUGCUGGAUUUGGGAAAGAUUUCAAAGAAAAUCCCAAUCUCAGGGAUAACUGGACUGAUGCAGAAGGCUACUAUCGAGUGAAUAUUGGAGAAGUUCUUGAUAAACGUUACAGUGUAUACGGUUACACUGGUCAAGGAGUUUUCAGUAAUGUUGUACGUGCCAGAGACAUGGCAAGAGCUAGCCAGGAGGUGGCAGUCAAAAUCAUCAGGAACAAUGAGCUCAUGCAAAAGACUGGUUUGAAGGAGCUAGAGUUCCUGAAGAAGCUGAAUGAUGCAGAUCCUGAUGAUAAGUUCCAUUGCCUGAGACUUUUUAGGCAUUUCUACCACAAGCAGCAUCUCUGUUUGGUCUUUGAACCUCUGAGUAUGAACUUACGUGAGGUGUUGAAAAAAUAUGGGAAAGAUGUCGGCCUUCAUAUAAAGGCGGUACGAUCAUACAGCCAACAGCUUUUCCUGGCUUUGAAACUGUUGAAGAGAUGUAACAUCCUGCAUGCUGACAUCAAACCUGACAAUAUUCUGGUAAAUGAAUCCAAAACCAUCCUGAAGCUUUGUGACUUUGGCUCAGCUUCACAUGUGGCUGAUAAUGAUAUAACGCCAUACCUCGUCAGCAGAUUUUACCGAGCCCCUGAAAUCAUUAUUGGAAAGGUUUAUGAUUAUGCCAUAGACUUGUGGUCUGUUGGUUGCACACUUUAUGAGCUAUACACAGGAAAAAUCCUAUUUCCUGGCAAAACUAAUAAUCAUAUGCUGAAACUCAUGAUGGACUUAAAGGGCAAAAUGCCAAAUAAGAUGAUCAGAAAAGGUGUUUUCAAGGACCAGCACUUUGAUCAGAAUCUGAACUUCAUGUACAUUGAAGUGGAUAAAGUGACAGAAAGGGAGAAAGUCACUGUUAUGAGCACUAUUAAUUCUACGAAGGACCUGUUGUCUGACAUGAUUGGUUGUCAGCGUUUGCCAGAAGACCAGCGUAAAAAAGUUCACCAGCUCAAGGACUUGCUGGAGCAGAUUCUCAUGUUAGACCCAGCCAAACGCGUCAGCAUUAACCAGGCACUGCAGCACCCAUUCAUUCAGGAGAAGAUUUAAUCGGAGGAUUUAACGGGUUUGAGCAAUUAAACAAAGACUGGCAAAGUCAGAAAAAAGUAUUUUAGUAUAUGUGAAACACGAUGUUUACCGUGAAAUAUGCAUGAAGUUAAGUUAAAAGAGAAAUGUUACUUCUAGUAGGAAUAUGAGUCAAUGUAAAUAUACUGAUUUGUUUUUCCAAAUGUUUUCUUCAUACUUUCACUGUAGUUUUGUUGAAUUGUUUUAACAGCUAAGACUGCACACAAACUGUUUAUUAAAAAAAAAAUUUUAAGAUCUUGUAAACAGUGGUGUUUUUGAAGAAUUUUGGCUGCAACUCUGCAAAAUGCGCCUUUGUUUUUGUGCAGGCUUAGCCCAUCCUUGUCUCUAAAAUAAUGGCCGAGGUAAAAUGAUAUUUAUAUUCACAUUUUCCUAGGUGUGUGUACGCAGGCCAGCAUGCCCUUGGUGUACUCAGUGCCGAAGGGGUCUGUCCCUACCUGUGCCUGCUCGCAGGGAUGGUCACAUCAUUUAAAGCAGGUUGUGUACCACUUUCAGUACACUGAAGGUAAGCUAAACCAUCAACAUUACUGGUGUAUUAGCAUUCAUUGUCACAGAUAGGCACAGCUCAUGAAUGAGAAGUAUUAGCAUCAUGGCAGAAUGCCUUGCAUGCUGGCGAAUGUGAUAAGAUAUUAACUAGCUUGUGAAUUUGCUAAUGUACUGCUGAAACUAUGCCAAUUUAUAGACUUUCAGUGCAGGGAAGCUUGAUGAUAUAGCACCUUCAGUGUACUGUUUAUCACCAUUUGACACUGUUAUAGAAUUGUGGUAGAAAUUUGUCAAUGCCAUAAAAUUCUGUUUCUUAGUAAAUCUGUACCUAUAGUCCAUUAAUAAACAGAAACAGUUUUGUUUAGUCAUUAAAAUGGAAAAGAUUGGGAUUUUAUAUUUCUUUGUAGAUGGCUAAAAUAUGACAUUUUCUGAAUUUUUAAAUUAAAAUUAAGAAAUUGUUUUACAGUAAGAAUUUCCUUUGCUACGUUAUGUGCAUUGGUUUCAUUAUUUGUGAUCAUGUUGUCUCUCAAUACAGGCAAACAUAACCUUCCACUCUUGAGCAAAGAAGCUGCUUUUUAAAGCGGUAAUUGCUUCUUUACCUUUUUUCUUUUGUACAUUUAAUUUGGCAUUUAGUUUUUUUAAGAUAAGUUGUGAUGACUUUAAAUUUUAGCUCUGCACUUAGCCCCUUCACUGGCACAACUCAAUAUUGAUUUCAGACUGGAAAAGAACCCGUUAACUCUUUGGCUUCAGUUUGCAUGAUAGUUUGUUUGAGAUUCAGUAAGCCUUGCACCUAUGGGGAAAUCCAUUCAUAAAUCCUUUGAUAUCCUAUUGGAAUAAACCCCCAAAGAAAAGUAACCUUCAAAGACUAGCUGAUCAGAGCUUAGUGUUAAGCUCUUAGUACCUUAGUACUCAGGCCUGCAGACUCUUAAACAGCCAGUGAAGGAGUUAAAUUGCACAAUGCCUUUGCUUAUACUUGUAUAUAUAUAUAUAUAAAAGGUAAGUUGGGGCAUUUUGUCAGACAGCAGCAAACUCUUCCUGCACCUAAAGUUACCCAUGCAGAAUACUGAAGGAUUUUGGUAUGUAUUUAUAGAUAUAUUGGUGAAUAAAGUGUUCAUUUUGAACAAACAUUAUUAUAGCUAUUUCACAGUGAUCUGAAUGUGCAGUCAAGUCUCUGUACAGCUAUAAAACUACAGUGGUGACUUGCUGAUCUGAUCUGUUUUUUUAUUUUAUUAUCCCAAUUGUCUUGGUAUGAGAUGUUUAAUGAGCGUCAUUUUCUAUGUAAAUGUGACAUUUUUAUCCAACAACCUUUUGUACAAAGUAAAAAAAGUAAGAUUAUCAAGUCACAAAUCAAUGCACUCAACGUAAAUUGCCUUUAGUUGCUGUAAGCCUUUCACUUACUAUUUCAAAAAAAAUAAAAAUUGGUAAAAAUGAUUUAAGCAAAGGAGUAGUUGAUCAGUUUCCUAGUGUCUCUUCAAAUCAGUUUAGAUAAUGUUCUAACUUACUGUGAAAAUACCUGUUAAGAGGUGAUGUUACUUAUUGGAAAUCAGAGUAAUGCCAGUUAAAGGUCACCACAAUUCACAAAGCUGUUUGGAAGUCUGAUCCAGUUACCCUGUUACUGCAAAAUGACUAAUGUUUUGUACUGUUUUCUUACUUCCCUUCGAUGGUGCUGAGAGAGAAAGGAAAGCACGUUAUGUUGCUAAGCUGGAAGGCAACAGGCCACGCCGCCUAUUCCAUGGGCCUACUUUGAAUGAGACACCUUCUCCUUCACCUUCUCCACAAGGUCAUUUCUGACGGCAUGCCUAGAUAAGCAUUUCAUACCAGAUGAAAAGUGCAUUUCUUGCAACUGUUAUCUUUAAAGAAAAUAAAACACGUUUCUUUGAAUAGCUGACACUUCUAAGGAUUCUUUGCUUUGCUCCAGUUGAAUUGUGAUGUAUAUAAACUUUUUAAAAUUAAGUUUGAGAGCUUCAGACUUGAGGUGUUUACUCAAAAUUUAUUUAAAUUCCUUAUUGUUAUGCAGAAUUUUUUCACAGGCUUUUUUUUUUAAAAAGAAAAGCACAGCAAAACUUAAGGGAUCAAGGUGUUUCUUUACUUGUUCUCUGUCUCUUAGGUGCACCCUGAUGGGAGACGAUGCAUAUUGCAAGAAAAUGAAGACUGAAUUAAGGUUUCUGUCCCAUAAAGACAACACUUACAGUGACUUUAAGUAACUGGAAUAUCACUGUUUGCUUGUGAUUUUUUUCAAUUAAUAUAGUGUCUUUAAAGUCCUUCACUGAUAAAUCUCAAUUGACAAGGACCAGUAUUUUGCCUUUAUUGUUACCCUUCUGGUGAAAGAUUGACAAAUUAUUGGCAGGUUUAAAUGAACCAUGCAGGCUUUAAAUUGAUUUCGGCUUUUGGGUAGUUCAUUUAAUAAGGCAAGGUGGUGCAAGUUUGGCCUAUAGUUGUUACCUUGUAAAAUUGAGGAGCCUGACACUUGGAUCUUUACCAGUGACUUUCGCAAUUUCAGAAACUAAAAUAAUCCCACUUUUUGUUGGAUGCUAUCUCUAUAGUGAAAGGAAUGAUUUGCUACAAGUGCAGUAAGGUUUUUAAAAGAGCUGUAGUUCUGUAAGUCCAGCUUGAACUCUGCAUUAUAGUCUCUGGUAGUAAGUUUUGGUUAUCUUAAGACUUUUGUUUUCUUGUGAUUGUGUUUUCACUAGUGAUUUUUUUUUUUGCAGGAUCUAUUUGGGUUAUAUGUGAAAACUUUAAUAUAUAUCAAAAUUGACAUAGCAGAUAAUCCACACCUCAGUUAUCAUUUUGAAUGUCCUAACUACCAUUAUAGCAGGCAAUACCCAAGUUUGACUCUCAUUUCGCAUAGACCUAGUUAAAUAUUAUACUAUAAUAGCAUUUUUGGUGCAGGGAAUCUAGUUAAGCAGAGUUUAUAAAUAGACAGGGUUGAGAGGUGAUUCAUAAGUAAGCUUGUUUCAUGUUUGAAUCAUGUUCUACUAUUUUCUUAUUCUGUGUUUUAUUUCAUAGGUAGGGACCACAAAUGUAAAAUGCCUACACCUGCGAAUGAUGAUUCAUUAUCUUAGCUUCAACACAAGUUACUGACAGCAAAAGAAUUCUUCAGUAUUGAAUGAAAGUGAAGACAGUGGUUUCACACUUAUUUUUCAAUACGGUUAUACCCAGAAGUAUAAUUGUAUUGCUGUUUGUUGAAAUAUUUCAGAUUUAAAUUGCAGAUAUAUGUAUAUACUAUGCAAGCAUUCAACCUGUUUUACUAAUCUUGGGUGCUGAUCAUUCUGAAACACCCUAAACUCCAUUAGUUCAAUAAAAUAUCUUAAAACUCCAGACAUCUUGGUGGUGGACUAGAAUGCUCAUUUCUAAGUGUUGAAACCUCAGUAAUGUAUGCAUUUUGUAUUGUCUAGCUGCAACAUUGUAAAUGUAUUACUUUGUCAACACUUAAAAUAUUUUUUGUUAAUUGCUAAUUGAAUCCCUUUCAUUAAAAGAAUUUAGUAUCAAA